CUCCUCCCGCGGGGCGCCGCUCAGCUCUGGCGGGCUGGGGCGGGGCCGCUGCGGUCCGCCCACCGGCCUUGCCGUUGCCCGGGGAGAGCACGCCGGGGCCGCCGUAGCGCUCCUCGGUCCGGCCGAGCGCCGCCGUGCCCUGCUCUGCUGAUUCACCUCGGGCGGCCGCCCGGGAGGGAGGGGGACACCGCCGGGCUGGGCCUGGCCGGGCCGCUGCUGCGGGCGCCGAGGGCGGCCGCCGCCCCGAGCCUGUUGGCGGGUGUCGGGCCAGCGGGGUCGGCGAGGCGCCCCCGGGGUCUCGGCGCGGAGGUGGGCGAUGCGGAGGCCCGUCCUGGGGCCUCGGUGACACCCCUGGGCCCGCCCGCGGCCCCGCCAGCGAGAGACCUGCUCGCUGCUUCGGCCCUAUCGCUGCCCGUCGUCCUGCUCGUCUGCGGACACCGGCUCUGCUGGCUGCCCUUCUAGCUGAAGAAACAAACUGAUCUACAUGUGCUUCACUGUCCAUUGGAAGAAUGACAGAUGACAAAGAUGUACUUCGAGAUGUGUGGUUUGGACGAAUACCAACCUGUUUCACUUUGUAUCAGGAUGAGAUAACUGAAAGGGAAGCUGAACCUUACUAUUUGCUUUUGCCAAGGAUAAGCUACUUGACACUGGUAACAGACAAAGUGAAGAAACACUUUCAGAAAGUUAUGAGACAAGAGGAAAUUAGUGAAAUAUGGUUUGAAUAUGAAGGUACACCACUGAAAUGGCAUUACCCAAUUGGUUUGCUGUUUGAUCUCCAUGCAUCAAAUACAGCCCUUCCUUGGAGCAUCACAGUGCAUUUCAAGAAUUUUCCAGAGAAGGAUCUUCUACACUGCCAUUCUAAGGAUGUGAUUGAAGCUCAUUUUAUGGCUUGUAUAAAAGAAGCAGAUGCUUUAAAGCACAAAAGUCAAGUCAUCAAUGAGAUGCAAAAAAAGGAUCAUAAGCAACUGUGGAUGGGAUUACAGAAUGAUAAAUUUGAGCAGUUUUGGGCAAUAAAUCGAAAACUCAUGGAGUAUCCUACAGAAGAUAGUGGAUUUCGAUACAUCCCAUUUAGAAUUUAUCAGGCAACAACAGAGAGACCUUUUAUGCAGAAGCUAUUUCGACCAAUUGCUUCAGGAGGACAGUUGCAUACUUUGGGAGAUCUGCUAAAAGAUGUGUGUCCUAGUGCUAUCACCUCUGAAGAUGGAGAGCAGAAGACUCAAGUGAUGAUUCAUGGAAUCGAGCCAAUGCUGGAAACACCCAUACAGUGGCUAAGCGAACAUAUGAGCUAUCCAGAUAAUUUUCUCCACAUUAGUAUCAUUCCCCGACCUACUGAUUGAAACUCGGCUAUACUGGUAUGAGGAUCAUUCUCAAGCUGGAAUUACAAGGGCAUGUCAACUUGCUUCUGUCAGUCUCAAGAGAGGCAGCCUGACCAGAAAAAAACAAAAAACAACAAAAACCGAAACAAAACAAGAAGUCCUCACUGCUGCAAGCCAAACAGGAAGAGAGAUCCUAUCAUCAGAUAAGAGCAAUUGGGCUGAUCUUAUUUUGCAUCACCGCUGCUUUUCUUUACCACUGUAAUUAAAUCAGUUGCGAUAUGAAAGAAUUUACAGGGCCUCUGCAAGUCUGGUGUUUUCUUGUAAAAUAUAAUGAAGCUGAAACUGUCAGCCGAAGAGCAAAUGGAAAUAUGCCACUUGAUUGUAUUUCUGAUUAACAAAUAAACAGGGCUGUUUCCUAAAGCGGUACUGUUUCAACUUUGAGAGUGGAAACAUUGGUUUAAUUUUCUAGAAAGUUAGACACGGACAGAUUCAGUUACCAAUAGCUUUUUGUAAAAGAUCAAAUUACUGUAAACCCAUCUUUCCUUAAUGAGAAGUUCAUGUUUACAGUAUGUGUAUUGGUAUGCAAAUGAUCUUUUAACUUUGAUAACAAGCAGUGAGAGAUUUUAAAGUAAACCCGUAAGCAUGUUUUGUCAUUUAAAAACAUGCACAACUUAAUAAUUUACGAAUACUUUCAAUUUGUAUGCUGUCACUGAAUACUCCAGUAUGUUUAUUAUUCAAACCAGUUUUCAUAGACUAGCAGUGAUGUAGGAUAAUUUGUCUUGGGAUUUGUCAUGGCAUUUCUUUGUGCUCAUCUGAAAUUUUUUUUCUUCUGUAAGAAUACUUUCUUAAUUUAGUUUAAAAAGAUUUUUUUUUUAAAGUAAAUGGAUGUUGCAAACUGUUGUAUCCUGCUGUUUAUUCCCAUAGAGUAGAAAACAGCUAAAUCAUACAAUGAUGAGCAGAUAUAUUGCUUUUUAAUAAUUUUGAAUUUUGGAAAGCUGAGGCUUUUCCAAGCUAAUACUUCCUUACAUCUGAGUUUAGUUUUCUACUGUGGUCCCUGAGCAAUCAGUCUGAAAUUUGGAAGCUUCUAAUCUCCUUGCACAGAUUUUUCCUUAGUUUAGCAGACGUAUUUUUAGAUUAUUGGAUCACUUUGGUUUGUAAAUGUCUGUUACCAUUACAGCUGCUACUAGGACUCUACCAUUUUUUUUUUUUGUUACGCUGAAUUCAUCAGACAGGGCGCCAUAUUGCUUUGUCUGCAGCUUGUGGUUGUUUGUGGCACAAGACUAUGUUUAUAGUAGACAUGAAAUAUGUCAAAUAUUAUCAAAGAUAAAGAAAGCAUGACAUUUUUCUUUCAAAAAUAGUAGCUGUUGAAGUUCCUACUCAAAAGUCUUGGCUUGCAGAUGUCCCGGUAACUCCCAGUGCUGUUCUCAUUCAUUUCCACGCUCCCUUUAUGGUAGGGUACUUACCUGUAGCUGAAAAAGGAGAAAAUGAAAAUCAAUCAAUCAAACAAAAA